GACGCGACCCAGGGGUCGUAGCGGCAGCGGCAGCGGCGGCGGAAUACGAGACGGAAUUGGAACGAAAUGUUGACGCGAAACACGUCGGUGUCGUCGCAAAAGACGACGAUGAGGACCACGAGGCCGGGUCGUAGAUAAAAUUAAAAGAAGAGAGAGAAAGAGAGAGAGGAGAAAAAUAAGAAACGAGAAAGAAAAAUUAAGAAAACGAAACGGAAAUCCGCUCACCUUGAUCUCCGUCAGGUACCUGACGAAUGGCAACGCGAUCAUGAACAUCCGUCGGCUGCCCGGUUUCAUGUACCACUACAAACUCGCGGCGAUCCUCCUGGUGUCCAGUCUGUUUCUCGUCGUCUACCUGCUUCUACAUUGGGGCAUAAUGUGCACGAAUCUCGAGGCUUGGCGUCACGUGUCUACCGUGUGCAGUCAGCACCGAGAUGGCACAGCGAUGGGGAUUCUCUGCGAACCAUUGUGCACAGAAAAAGGGAUAAAUUCGCUAGCAUGCGAGACGCUUCAUGCGGGCAAGGAAGCUGUUUUCUCCGCGCAUUGGGAAGCGACGCGGCUUGUAUUCAAGGCUUCGAGAACCAAAAUAUCCUCGGAGCAAUUCGAGUCGCUCUAUUGGGUAGAUGCGACCGGUUCCCGACACUUCCCAUCCGAGGAGGACUUUAUCACCAUGAUCAAGGACUUGGUUAUCAAUAAACUCAACGUGACUCUUUCGCAGCAUCAGCUGGAGAGACUCGCCCGGUUGCGCACUCAUCGAGUCGAGACCGACGCCGUGAGACGUCGGCUGGAGAUGGAAAAUCUCUGGCCGCUGUUGCAAGAGAACGAAUAUCUAAUGGCAAUUUUGUACGAAGACAGGGAUGUGUUUCCGCAGCCGAUCGGCACGUGCGGCACGUUCUACGCGGUCGAGUACGUCCGACCAAUCGAAACACCCACGACGGUACUAGCCCUGUCCGAUUCGAAACCCGAGUGGGCCAAAAGGCUGAAGCUCGCCGUGAUGAUCCUCAAUUUGCUCGAGGAGCUGGAGACGAGCUUUCCCGAGCCACUUCAUCUCUGCGACGUGAAAAUCAAUCAUUUCGGUUUACCCCUAGGCGGGCAGAAACUGAAAUUCUUGGACUUGGACGCAGUCUUCCCCAAGACCGUCGUCGAUCGCAUUAUCAGUGACGGUAAAAGCUGCGAGAAGCACGAGGACUGUGAUUAUUUUGACUGCCGGUCGGUGUGCUCGAAGAAAAAACGCUGCGAGUCUCCGGUCCUUAAUAAUAAUUUACAGAUUAUUUGCGAGAAAAUUUUUCUCGGCUGGACGCUCUCAGGGACGAUAAUUAUUCCUGGAUUGCUCAUGUCGGAGCACACUACUAGCACAUUGGCAGUGUUAUUGCGGCAAUGCGCUAAUCCAAGCGGCGACAUGACGCAUUUACCACGUGCGGCAGCGCCAGACAGCUUACAGAAACGACUUUACAAUAUGCUAAGCGAAAUGGAACAAGAAUACUCGAUAUUUACGUGAAAAACUUUAACAUAAAGAAAAUAAUUUAUUUGAAAUCACAAAAUCAAGUGUUUCCCUUCCAAUGAUAAUGAUAAAAACACUAUAUAAAUUUACGAUUGAACAUGUAAAAAUACUUCUCUUUAUUAGAAAUCAUCGAGAUCGUAAAUGACACCAUUUAUUUAAAAUUAAAAAUCAGCACGUACAAUUUUUUUAUUACAUAUUGUAUUGUACGUAUAGUAUUGUACGAACAGUCGUAACAAAUGUACACACUUUUGUUUUACAUCACGUAUAGUAUAACAAAAAAUCUAAUAGAAGCUAAUAAUGCCAAUAAAAAUAUAUUGUACAUAUAUAUACACAUAUAUAAUUUAUAAUAUUAUAAAUUUUAUUAUUUAUAAUUAAAUAUUUAUAGUAAAAAAUUAUACAAGUAUUUACGUUAGUAUAACAAAUAUCAGAUUUAUUAGAUCGACAAUUGAUAGAGAAAGUAAGUUGUAGUAAUUUGAUAAUAAAAACUCGAAAAUAUCCAUACAGCACACAUUAUCUAAGGGACGUCCUGUACGUCCUUGCUGUCCCUCGGAUAAAGUGUGCUGUAUAUAUGGGAAGCCUAUCAGAUAGAUAGCGAUUGAAGAAAUUAACUUACGAAUACGCUUAAUUAGCAAAUAAAAGAAUAACACCAGUU